AACGGUCCCAUGGUCACUACAGUAGUGGGGUGCUAGAAGAAGAGACGCGUCAUCGUACAGUAAUCUGCAGAGCUAUGGGGCGCUGGGACAGCUGACACCGACAUCUCCCGAGGUGGUCCUAUGCUCCGACUCAAGACCUCUGUGGAGGAAGAGAGCAGCCGUGAGAUCCAGCAGCUUCGCCAGGCCGUCGCCCAAGACGAUGCCCUGCUCCUCGACGAGAUGCUCAGCCAAGAGAUCUACAAGAGGGUCAUCAACUGCCGCGGCGGCUGGGGCAUCGCCGGCACGCCUCUCCGCAUGGCCGCCUCCAAGGGCCACCUGCGCUGCCUGCAGGUGCUGCUGGCCCACAGCGCCCACGUCGACUGCGUGGACGUCAAGGCGCAGACGCCGCUCUUCACGGCCGUGUGCGGCAAGUACCUGGAGUGCGUGCUUGCGCUGCUCAAGGCCGGCGCCGACCCCAACGGCAGCAUGGCCAACAACUGCUCGCCGGUGCUGACCGCCGCCCGGGAGGGCGACGCCGUGGUCCUGCGCGAGCUGCUGUGCCACGGCGCCGAGGUCAACUCGCGCUCCAAGGUGCUGCUGUGGAGCUCGGGGGCGAGCGUGUCCAGCGGGCCGCUCUACCUGUCGGCCGUGUACGGACACAUGGAGUGCUUCAAGGUGCUGCUGGCGUUCGGCGCCGACCCGGACUAUAACUGCACCGACGGCGGGCUGCUGAGCCGCAUCAAGCAGCCCAAGACGGUGCUGGAGAUGUGCCUGCGGCACGGCUGCGGCGUGGAGUACGUGAGGCUGCUCAUCGACUUCGGCGCCAACGUGUACCUGCCCACGCUGAUCAUCGAGAAGUCCACCAAGCAGAACGAGGCGGUGGAGCUGCUGCUGCGGGAGAGAGGAACUCCCAAGUCUCUGGCCUCCCAGUGUCGACUGGCCAUCCGGGGACAGCUAAAGAAGGCCGACCGGAUCCAGUGCGUGGACCAGCUGGCGAUGCCCCGGAGACUCAUCGACUACCUGGAGUACAGGAACAUGCCCGUCAUGAUCCUAUAGCUCGCUGACGGCCGCUCGUCAACAUGGUGCCCCUGUUAGAAGCACUUCUUAAACGCAUCAGGAUAUGCCUUAGUUUUCUUUGUUUUUAUUUUUGCUCUUUACAGUUUUUUGAGCCAUGUUUUAGUUUUUAGCUUUUUGUUGAGGUUAUGAAGAAUUUUUAGUUUUGUUUCGCUUUUCUGUUUUGUACUUUAUGGCAUAUUCGUCAUCUUUGUCGAUGUUAGAUGUGCAGCUGGUUCUAGACUUACAUUAAAUGGGUCGAGCUCUCUGCAAUUCUGUGCACCGCUUUCUCGUGCUUUCUUUCUCAUAUGCAUGCGUGUGUGUGUGAGAGAGCGAGAGAAAGGAUGUUUAGAAGGACGUCAACCCUGUGUGAUGUGUGUGAAGAGUUGAAACGGUAAAUGUGUUACAAUAGAAAAAAAGACAUUGUUUGAUGCGUCGUGUUAUAGGUUCCACAAAUGUCGACCACCUAACCUGUGGGCAUCUUUGAGCAGAGGCAUAACUACCUGCUCUUUAAAGACAUGCUUAUGAUAACUUAGGACCAAAGUGUUAUCAUUACUAUACUCAAUGCCACGAAACAAGAAAAAGAUGCACACAUUUGCCAUCAACUGAGUUUUUAAGCCAGUAAUUCCCCCUUGUUUCAAAGAGAGAAUUACCAGGAAAAUCUGCUCCUUGGACACAGAGAGCGAUGUACAGCCUAGAAAAUCCUUAUGUUCUAUCACGAGUUGGCCCAAAAGCUACGCAUUACAACGUGUGGAUAAUGUACUGAAUAAUCGAAUACAACACAACUAUUGUGCAUGCCAAACAUCUGAUAUUAAACACAAUGUAUAUUUCGUUACUCUAUACUGUAUCCAUGUCAUACUUGUAUUUCCACACUCAUGAUAAAACAACCAAUGGGGAUUCAUGGCUCUGUCCCGUUAUGCCGUUCAGCUUUGAGGGCCUUGAUGAAUUGAUCAAUCCUAUCCCUGAUGGAUCUCAAUGAGAGACUGCCUCCAACUUCCAACACACAGUCCUGCACACCGCAGCCAUCACAACGCACCGCUUUAAUGAAGGCUGGAUGACUGAUUGAGGGAUGAUAAGAAGGCUUCAGGCACUCUGCGGCCUGCCUCCACUUAAUACAACCCGAAGUGAAAUAUUUAAAUAACGACAAGAGCAGGAACGCUGAGACACCGUGCUAAAUUAGAAACGCAUGGGUGUACGAUUUAGAUUUGUAUGUUACGUUAUGUUUAGCCCUCUGCUAACCAAAGGGGAGUUACCGGAAUAGUCAGCGGCGUGGGAGUGGGCUGACAUUCACAUAGCAGCCCUUGAUAGUGCCUUACUGAAAAUAAAUAAGAAAUAAAAACGGGCAAUAUAUGGUUGAUGUUUUUUUCUUGGUAAUUUCUUUGUCAGCAUUUGGUCAGAGAAAAACGUAGAUGAGAUUAGUUGUCACAUUUUAUUACAAGUCAUUUUUUGAGGCAUAAAACAACUAUUCUCCCCUACACUUUGACACCAAUGGCAAUUACAUUAAAUUAAAUCACUUUUAAUAAACAAGUUAUUAAUCUCUUCAUCUUCUGUGACUGUAAACAGCAUUGCAUCCGUUUCAUUGCAUGGACGAUCCAGCAAGAUUAAAAAUGGACGACUAAGGACAACUUAAAAUAACCUAAACUCAUCCCCAGACUAUUCCCAAACAACACAGAAACGGACAUGAGAAAGCACAACUUCAUACACUGGUCACAGUGGAAGAAAUUAAAGAAAUGAAACACAUUGCCCUUCAAGUAUUUGUUCAUUCGGAGCUGCAUGGGAUAAUAUGGACACGGUCAUAGCAAUCAACCUGGGUGAAAUGAGAGUAAAAACGUAAAAAGCUCAAACCAACUUAAAAAAUAACCUCUGAUCAAUCCAACAAAAGAAUGAAUGCACAUGUAGAGCCCUUAUUUGCACUGAGAAGACUGGAAUAUUUGGUCCCUUCCUUAGUUUGUGAGCGAUCUGGAUUUUGACGUUGGAUUUGUCGUCGCCUUGGUUACAAUCAUCCCAACCCCACGUCCAGUGACAUCAUCACCACGAAGCCCAGAAUCGACGUCCACGAUGCUAGUUUCCCGUUUCCACUGGCAACGGGAGGACACAUUAGAAGAGAAGAAAAAGAAAAGGCACAACCUUCACCCAUCUUUGAACAAAGGAUUUUCCACGCCAUUCAGCUACCUAACGGGUUGCACAACAGAUUUUUAACAAAAGGGUAAUUUUAAUGUGAAGCUGUUCAAGACUAGGGACGAAGCCAUUACAAUUUUCUCUGUUUAGUUUGUUAUUUUAUUGAUUAACGAUGGGUGCUAAAUGCCAAAGCAAAUGUAGCGCAAAUGUCUCCUCGUAUUUGUAGUGCAACACGGACCAGGAUCAUACUGAGCAAAGCCCAAGGAGGGCAAAUGUAGCAGGCUGGAUUUUUUUGCUUGCAUGAAACAGGCCUGGAAAAGCGGGGCUGUUUAGGGCAGAUGGUGGGUUCAAGGGCCAUUCAAGUUUGACAUUUUUAAAACCGCUCAUUUUAUUUCAUGGCCCGGGGUAGGAGAGAAGUCAAACUCAA